UCUCUCUGAGCGGAGAAUGGGGAGACAAACCUUCGGUCUGUUACUGCGGAGCCGCUUCCGGACAGAAGGAGAUCCUUGCUGCCCCACGCGCCAUUGAAAAAAUCUUGUCCACUCCGCGCUCCCCUCUGGGGGAGCGGGGAGGAGAACGAGGCUUGGGCAGGCUGUUAAGCUGUCAAUACGCAGCUGAACAGCAUGCAGUCCUUUCGGGAGCAGAGCAGUUACCACGGAAACCAACAGAACUACCCACAGGAAGUACAUGGUACAUCCCGGCUAGAGGAAUUUAGCUCUCGCCAGCAAGCUCAGAUGUUUCAGAGCUUUGGAGGAGGUAGCAGCACUAGUGGACGCCGUGAAGCAACAGGAAACUCUGCAUCUAUGGGUAGUGAAAGCUCUGGACAUCAGAGUUAUCAAGGUUUCAGAAAAGAAGCAGGAGAAUUCUAUUAUAUGGCUUCCGGUAAGGAUCCUGUAGCAGGAGGAGGACAACAGCUUCCUCAGCGUAGGCCUUCUGGACCAGUACAGAGCUAUGGACCACCCCAAGGCAGCAGCUUUGGGAGUCAGUAUGGAAGUGAAAGUCACGUGACCCAGUUUCAAACACAACAUUCAUCACUUGGUGGAGUAACACAUUAUCAGCAGGAUUAUACUGGUCCUUUCUCCCCUGGCACUGCUCAGUAUCAGCAGCCAACAUCUAGCCAACAACAGCAACAAGUGCAGCAAAUGAGGCAGCAGCUUUAUCAAUCUCAUCAGCCUUUACCACAGGCCUCUAACCAAUCUGCCUCUAACACACCUCAUUUGCAGUCAAUUCAACGCCCUUCAAAUCUGCCUUCAUCUGCUUCUAGCUAUCCGUUAAGAAUAGGUCAGUAUAGUCAGCACUAUCAGCCUCCUGUUUCUUCCUCUUCUUCAUUUCCUUCUUCGCAACGAUUUGGUCAAUCUGGACAGAACUAUGAUGGUAAUUAUACUGUGAAUGCUGGUUCACAGUAUGAAGGACAUGCUGUUGGUUCAAGUGCACAAGCUUAUGGGACUCAGUCAAAUUACAGCUUUCAGACACAGCCAAUGAAAAACUUUGAGCAGUCAAAGUUGACCCAAGGGAGUCAACAGGCACAAGGACAGGGACAACAGUCACAACAACAGCAGGCUUCUUCACAACAUGUAAUGCAGUAUUCAAAUACUGCUUCCAAACUGUCUCUUCAAAGUCAAGUGGGGCAGUACAAUCAAGCUGAGGUCCCUGUAAGAUCACCCAUGCAAUUCCAUCAGAAUUUUAGUCCUAUAUCUAACCCGUCACCAGCUGCCUCUGUGGUUCAGUCUCCAAGCUGCAGUUCCACACCAUCUCCUCUCAUGCCAAGUGGUGAGAAUCUUCAAUGUGGACAAAGCAACAUUCCAGUAGCAUCUAGAAACCGCAUUUUACAAAUGAUGCCUCAGCUUAGUCCAACACCAUCCAUGAUGCCAAGCCCCAGUGCUCAGAGUGCAGGAUUCAAAGGAUUUGGGCUUGAAGGCUUGCAGGAAAAAAGACUUACAGAUCCAGGACUAAGCAGUUUAAGUGCCCUGAGUAGUCAAGUAGCUAAUCUACCCAAUACAGUUCAGCACAUGUUACUCUCAGAUGCUUUGGUGCCUCAGAAGAAAAGCUCAAAAAAAUCAUCAAAAAAAACAGAGAGCUGCACAAACUCAGAAGGUUCCUCUCAGGCAGAGGAACAGCUUAAGUCUCCACUAGCAGAGUCCAUUGAUGGUGGUUGUUCCAGUAGUUCAGAAGAUCAAGGAGAAAGGGUGAGACAAUUGAGUGGUCAGAGCACCAGUUCUGACACCACUUAUAAGGGGGGUAAUUUAGAAAAAUCUCAGUCAUCACCAGCACCGCCAUCUCAAAAUGAACCUGCAAAAAUCACUACCAGCUCUGCAGUUGAAGAAGAGGCAGCCUCCCCUCCUGAUGGAAAAGAAGCCUUGAUUUCUGUGGAGGUCCCCCCAAAGAUCAAUGAAAAGACAGUUGGCGUGAUAGUCUCCAGAGAAGCUAUGUCAGGAAGAGUGGAAAAAUCAAGUGGACAGGAUAAAUCCCAGCAAGAUGAUGCUUCUACAAGUGCUCAAGUACUGCCAUCUGCCUCUGCAGUGAAAGAGACUAGUCUUGUAGGAGCACAGCAAGAGCCACAAGGUGGAAAUAAAGGGAGCAGAACUGGGGACAGCACCACUAAUCAUAAUGAAGAUGGAAAUAAUCCACCUGGUCAUGCUGCUAUUGGCUCUAGUUUUUCAAGCAGAACAGAGCCUUCUAAAUCCCCUGGUAGUUUGAGAUACAGCUUCAAAGAUAGUAUUGGGGUUAAUAUGCAAAAAAAUUCUGGUACCUUUUCACAAUAUCCUUCAGGUCAGGAUAAAGGGGAAUUUUCAGUGCAUAGUGAGCGAAAGGGCAGGAAUGAAAAAUUUCCCAGUCUGUUGCAGGAAGUUCUACAAGGCUAUCACCAUCAUCCUGACAGGAGAUAUUCUAGAAAUGCCCAAGAUCAGCAUGGAAUUAGUGGAAGUUUAGAAAGUAGCAUGAGGCCCAAUGUCCUGGUUAAUCAAACAAAUGAAUUAAGUAACAGAGGUCUUUUAAAUAAAAGUAUUGGAUCUCUUAUGGAAAGUUCACACUGGGGACACUGGGAUAGAAAAUUAAGUGGUAGUACAGCUGAGAUGAAACAGAUAAAUUUGGUAGACUAUCCUAUGCCUAGAAAGUUUGACUUAGAUUCCACAGCUCAUGAAGGGGGAGGAGUCUCGGAGAGAAGAUCAGUUAUUUGUGAUAUAUCACCUUUGAGGCAGAUUGCUAGAGAUUCUGGGCCACAUUCUGGAGGACAUAUGAGUGCUGAUGGCAGGAGUGGAAGAAGUGACCGUCUGACUUCUAGUUUAAAUCAGUCAGUCAUCCUCCCUGGAGGCCUCGUAGCCAUAGAAGCCAAGCUAAAGUCUCACAGUGGGCAGAUUAAGGAAGAGGAUUUUGAACCUAAGACCUCUGCCAACAUUAACAACAAAAAAUCGGGAGAUCAUUGUCACCAUGCCAGUUUUAAACAUGAAUCUUACCGAGGGAAUGCUAGCCCUGGAGCUGCAACAUUUGAUUCUGCAUCAGACUACCUGCUACAACAGGAUAGCCGAACAACACAGAUGAGACGAGGACCUAGCAGAAUAGGAAGCAGCCGGGAAGGAAUGAGAGGUAAAUCUCCCUCUCAAUUUCAUGAUCUGGCAGAAAAGUUAAAGACGUCACCUGGAAGAAACAGAGGUCCGGUGACAGAUCUUCACCAGAUGAAUCCACAUAUGGUGCUUUCUGACAGGGUCAACCGAAGUUCCUUACAUGCUUCUUUCUCUUCAAAUUCUGAAAGCUCAUCUUUGACUUCAGCAUAUCAUGGUAAUUCUCGAUCCCAUAUUUAUGGUGAUACUAAUCAAGGACUGAAUUCUCAGUAUCACUAUAAAAGACAGCUAUACCAUCAACAGCAAGAAGAUUAUAAAGAUUGGAGUAGCAGCUCUGCUCAGGGUGUGAUUGCUGCAGCUCAGCACAGGCAGGAAACGACUAGAAAGAGCCCAAGACAGCAACAAUUCUUAGAUAGAGUAAGGAGUCCUUUAAAAAAUGACAAGGAUGGAAUGAUGUAUCUCCAUUCUGGUUCUUACCAUGAUGCGGGGUGCCAAGAAACCAGCCGUUGUUUAUUGGGGGGUGAAAGCACUCUUCAGAAUAAGUGUGUGGAAGUUAAACACAUGAAUCAAAAGAUUCAGCAACAUGAAUCAGGUUGGGAUCUUUCCCGUCAAGUAACGCCUGGAAAGAGCAGUGGCUCUCUAGGGACAAGUCAGAAGAGAUUUAUUUCACAAAAUAGUGAUGCACAUAGGCGUGAUGAUGUUGGUGAUGUACUUAAAUCUGCUAAUGCCAUGGUAAGAAUUCCUGGCCAAGAAGAUCAAUCUCCUCAAAAUCCUUUAAUAAUGAGAAGGCGAGUCCGCUCAUUCAUUUCUCCUAUUCCAAGCAAGAGGCAGUUGCAGGAAAUGAAAACUAGUGGCAUUGAUGACAAAGGACGAAUGCUCCCUUUAUCAAAGGAUGGAGUUGAUAAAACUCUCAGUUCUUAUGCCCAUUCCUCUCAAAAUCAAGAUGUUGGUAGAUCAUUCUCAAAAGGAGAAUCAUCUAGGAAUCUUCCAAGUCCUGAUAAUAGAAACUGUUCUGGUGUUUCCAUCACAAGCCCAGCUAAAACAAAAAUUCUUCCCCCACGAAAGGGUCGUGGAUUAAAGUUGGAAGCUAUUGUUCAAAAAAUCACCUCUCCCAGUGUUAGGAGGAGUGCAUCUUCAAAUUGUGCUGAGGUUGGUGCAGAUGCAGUCACUCUUGAUGACAUUCUGUCCCUGAAAAGUGGCCGCCCAGACAGUGGGAAUGUGGCCAAUCAUGAGAUAGAAGCAGAAAAUAUAAAAGAAGAAGUUGUGUUAGAUCGAGAAAAUCAAGUACUGCCCAAUGAAAUUUCUCGGACAAUAUCUUCUGAAGAUUGGCGUGAUGAUGGAGAUGAGAUUGUGAAAAAAGAGGUUUCUGAACAUGCCACUGUUGGCAAAGACGGUUCAAUGCCUGUCUUGAUUCCAGCAUCUUUGCAGAAAUCUGUUGGUCAAGUAAGAAUUGAUGGAUCUGUAAGUUUUUCUGAAUCAAAAUCAAUUCCCCCAACCAAUAUUUUGGCUCCUGAAACAAGUGCAAAGCCAGAAGAAAAAGAUGGAGGUACAAUUAUGACACCCAAGCCAGAUCCUUUUCCUCCAAAGGGAUAUUUUCCUUCUGGUAAGAAAAAGGGAAGACCUAUAGGUAGUGUAAACAAGCAAAAGAAGCAACAACAAUUACCACUUCCAUUAGUGCCAGAAGCAGUGCAGCUAUCAGAGGAAGCAGUAGAUGGUGAACCAAAACCUAAGAGACAGCGAAGAGAGAGGAGGAAAACUACAGCACAGCCACGAAAGCGGAAACCAAGACGAGCUGCUCCCAUUGUGGAGCCUCAAGAACCAGAAAUCAAAUUAAAAUAUGCUAUUCAAUCUCUUGAUAAAACUGAUACUAGGAAUAAAUCUUUUUUCCCUUAUAUUCAUGUGGUAAACAAGUGUGAGCUAGGUGCUGUCUGCACAAUAAUUAAUGCAGAGGAAGAAGAGCAGAAUAAAUUGAUGAGGGGUCGAAAAGGACAGAGAUCAUCAACGCCACCUCCUAGCAAUGCUGAGAGUAAAGUACUGCCUAUUUCCUCUUUUAUGCUACAAGGUCCUGUUGUAACAGAGUCAUCUGUUAUGGGCCAUCUUGUCUGUUGCCUUUGUGGCAAAUGGGCCAGCUAUCGCAACAUGGGUGAUCUCUUUGGACCUUUCUAUCCACAAGAUUAUGCAGCCACACUGCCUAAGAAUCCCCCUCCUAAGAAGUCCACAGAGAUGCAAAACAAGAUCAAAGUACGACAUAAAAGUCUUUCUAAUGGUUCCAAGACUGACACAGAGGAAGAAGAGGAGGAGCAACAGCAAAAAGAACAGAGAAGCCUGGCUGCCCACCCACGUUUUAAAAGACGGCAUCGCUCGGAGGACUGUGCUGGGGUUUCUCGGUCACUUUCAAGAGGUGCUGCUUGUAAAAAAACAACCACAGAGGGUGGCAGUGUUGGUGAAAAUACUUCCUCAGACUCUAAACUCCCCAUACCUACUUCUGAAGGUGGUCCUGAGUUGGAGCUACAAAUUCCUGAACUACCUCUUGAUAGCAAUGAAUUUUGGGUCCAUGAGGGCUGUAUUCUCUGGGCCAAUGGGAUUUACCUAGUCUGUGGCAGGCUUUAUGGGCUGCAAGAAGCUGUGGAAAUAGCUAAAGAGAUGGACAAUACAAACAUUGAGAAACUACUAUCUAUCUGAACACUAAAUAAUUCUAACCUUUCAGAAAUGGAUUAGUCCAGUGGAAUUUAUUACUAUUUCAAUGUUUUCACUGUUGUCAGUAUGAGUCAAAAUUGAGGAGAAAAGCAGAAUGCCAUGAAAAAUGAUGAAAGUAGUUCAAAGUCAGAAGUUACUGAUGAAGACAAAUAAUAAUUUAAAAAGUAGCUGCAACUGCAUUUGUAUUUGCAUUGUCAGGAGACUUUGAAUUUCUACAAAUUAGUCAAACUAUAAAAGAUGGAGAAUACCACAGAAGGAAGCCAGCUCAUUCAUAUUGAAAAACAUUGCUGGACUUGUGGACUCCCGGAAAAAAUCCCGUUCCUUAUGUAUUUGUAGCAUUCUCCAUAUAAAUAAAUUUCAAAAAAUGCUAACUUAUAAUUUUUUACGUAUUUACUUUUCACAAUACCUGGUAAAUUUUGUUUGUCUAAAAACUUUUACACUCAUACAAUUGUAUGCUAAUAGUCAAAUGAAAGCUGCUGUCACCUUUUCUCAUAUAUUAUUGAAGAUGUUUUUUUUUUAAUCCAUGGGAAUUAUUUGAUUGUUUAAGCAUUCACUUAGACAUCCAUUUAAGCAUAUAAUUUCUUUUUCUUCUGUUCAGUGGUAUCAAAUUCUUGGAGACUGUCUGGACAAGCCCCUGCAGUUUCUUGGCAAGGUCUUUCAGAAAUGAUGUGCCAUUGUUCUUUUCCUAAGGCUGAGAGAAAGUGACUAGCUUAUAGUCACCCAAUAGGCUUUGUGCCUAAGGUGGGACUAGAACUCAUGGUCUCCUGGUUUCCAGCCUGAUACUUUAACCAUGACACCAAACCAGCUCUGAAGCAUGUAAUAGUAUGGCUUUAAUCAAGUAGCAAAAGAAAAAGAUUAAUUUAAAGUACUUUUUAAUUUUUUUUGCAUUAUUUGUAAAUAAUGCACAUUCUUAAAAUUAAAACACUUUGGAGACUGGACUGUUUUCUGGACUAUCCCUGAACUAUUUCAAGCAUUCAUCUAUCAUUGCACACUUGUGUUCUCAGGUUUGCCAAAAUUUUGUAGUCAUCCACCUACCUUGGAAGUGAUGAUAUCAGUUUGGGUAAUGUUUUCCUUGAUUCUUGUCUUCUCUGGUGAUGUUGUAUCUGUUUUAGCAGACCUGAAAGCUCCAGUGGUUGGAGCUUACUAUUUGAAAAAAAGGUUGGGAUUCUCUAGACUAGAAAGAUAAAGUUGAUGUUCUUUUAUACCUGCUCUUCUUCAAAAAUGAGGCCAGAAUUUCUUUUUGUCCUUAUUUUCUACCAGGACUCUGUCUAUAAUAUUCCAAAAUACUGUUUCUCUCUCCAAAAAAGGACUUAGUGGGAUCAUUACUGAUGAUCUACUUCCCAAUGCUUGAGUCACAAGUCACAGAGUUGCUGCAACGUGAGAUGAACAGAAUAUAAAUUUAAUAAAUAAAAUAAAUAAGUUUGAGUUUUGUCUUCUAUCUAUAUAAAGUGAAGUUCAUUUUGUUUCCUGUUGACUUCAUCUUUGGUUAUUUUGAAUGCAAACUUUUAACUUCUACACAUAGUAGGCAAUAAAAGCCAGUUUAAUAAAAAAAAAAAAACAACAGCAGGCUUGCACUCACAGAAAUUCUAUUUAAUACAUGCCUAACACUUAAAAGUAAAAUAAUUAAAAUAUACUAAGUCAGGCAUUCCAUGGUGUCAUAUAAAGUAUUAGAUUUUAUUGGGAGGUUAUUGUGCAACUUCCUGUUGUGUGCCAGUUACAUCCUUUCCUGGAUAGGAUAGCUCUCCAGUCAUUCAUUCAUGCCCUGCUCAUGUCCCAUUUGGACUAUUGCAGUGCAUUCUACAUAGGGCUACCCUUGAAAAGUAUCUAGAAGAUUCAGCCAAUUCAGAAUGUAGAUAGAGGAACACAAAGUUGUGGGGCUGGUUAGCACUCUGAAAGCCCUCCCCGUGCUUUUUAAUGAAUUUUUAAUAGUGCUUGCCUUUUUAAAAUUGUGAUUGUAUAU